AUUGAAAUUCUCUUCUGCUGAAGCAGUUUGCUUUUUUCUUUUCCGCUUCAUACGAAAUUGUGAAGCUCGACCGGUCGGUGUCACUUGUUCCUAGUGCAAUGCUGCUGUUUGUGUUCACGAUGUGGCAAGGGAAUGUCUGAAUCCAAAGCUGUUUUCAUUGAAAUCUUUUUUAAAAAUUCAUGAAAACAUUUCUAUUAGAUUAAAAAGGAUUUUACAAACAACUUGGUUGUGGCCUAAGCUAUUUCAGUGUCUGUUUGAAGCUCAGCUCGCACACAAACGUUUUGCAUUGGAAGGUUGUGCGUGGUUGUGCACGAUUCGCACGUGGGUUGGAUGAGUUGCACGUGGACUAUGAGAUCCUGGUCUCGCUGACCUGAGGGGAUUCACCCCGAGGUCUCACUUGGGGUCUUUUUUAUUCGACAGUGAGGACAGAUGUGUAAUGAGGUUUGAAUGUUUAGCCGUGAAUCUCCGCUUGGGGAAGCGCUUGGGCGUUACCAGAUCAUCUGCUUCCUUCUGAAGCUCCGACCACUUUGGUCCCAUCAAACGUGGCUUUUGUUUGGAAAGGUUUACCCGUUUUCUUUUUAAUUGAACUUCCUACAGCCAUUGAAAUGAAGUUACGCAAGUGUAUUUGCGUUGUCGAGAAGUGGGGUAAGUUUCAAGUCCCUCCUGUCAGCUCCGUGGUGGCAGCCGCUCGUGACGAGCGGUCCUGGGUGGAGGGGGAGCCCGCGAAGGGCGCGGCGGGUCCGGAGCUCUGCGCUUCGGGCCAAACUCUUCAUCCCCGGGCAUGUGUGUGGUUAUACCUGGAUGCUCUUUUGCAGCGUUACCGCCCCCGGGAGAGCCGCGUUGGGCGAAUCCCCAUAAAUCAACCAGCAGCUUUCUCGAGUGAAUCAGUUUUCCGUGACCGGUAUCCCUGGUGGUGCAGCGGGACGGUGACCUGCAGCCCCUUGAGAACGGCGAGUUGCUCAGGUGGCCAAGCGCCUUGUGCCCGUGGUAAACAAAGAGAAUCGCCGGGGCCGGAGGAGCGGCCGCCCUCCCUGCCCGUCCAGCGUAGCAACGGUGGCGGCAAACACCGCGGGCACUGCCGCGCAGGGCGCCCCAUGGCAGCUGCCGGGGGCUUCAGCUGCCCCCGCUGCUCCAUGGUGUUCGGCUCCGGGCCGCUGCUGCGGGCGCACCAGGAGAAGCUGUGCCUUGGGACCCCGGCGGGCAGCAGCUCCCGUGGCCCCGGGGGGGACCCGCUGCCCGUGGAGGGGGCUCCGGGCACGUUCGGGGUGUCCCAGCACAGGGAUCGUGCUGAGCCGCAUCGUCUCCUCAUCCUUCCCGGCCUCCCGCCGGCCGCACGGGGACAGCGGGGACCGGAGCGAGUGCGGGGGGCUCCCCUGGGGGACGUGCUCACCCCCCGUGAGAGGGUCCUGCUCCGCAUGGCCGACCCCUCUGCCAGGAAACCAACGCUGGAGCAGGGAGAGCACCCCCGGCCGCCAGCCCCAGCACGGGGGCACCAGCAGCCGCUGCAGGAGCUGCUUGAGACCCACCAGCGCCAUGUGGCUGAAAUCCGGGCCAGGACGCAGCAGCUGGAGCAGCAGCGAGAGGAGCUGUGCCGGCGGCUGGCAGCGCUGGGGGCUGGGGGGGCUGCGGAUCCCCAGCCCGAGCAGGGGGAACUGGAGCUGAGCCGGGACCAGGCUGGAUGGCUGCGUGUGGUGCACGGCGGGGCCACCGUCCACCUCGACACCCUCGUGCCGGCCACCGGGCCCCUCGCCGCCGAGGCCAGGGCGCUGCGACUGUCCUACCUGCGUGCCGGAGGACGCGACCCGGCCAUCCUGCAGCAGCUCCUCCACCUCCAGGUGGAGGCCACGGCGCUGGAGAAAGGAACCGCGGGGCUGUGCGGGAGCAGGAGGACGGAGCCCCCUGGCACUGGGGCACGGGGCCUGGAUGCGGCGCUGCUGGCCAUGGAGCUGGAGAACCGGCGGCUGGAAGACGAGCUCCUGGCGCUGAAGGUCAGGAGGAAGAGGAGAGCUGAUGCUGGCGCGCAGGUGGCCCAGCGGCACGCGGAGGAGCUGGCCCGGCUGCAGACAGAGGUCGGGAUGCUGCGGAGCCACGUGGAGCAGACGGGGCCACGGCCGCCCCCCGCCAUCCUCCCACCGCCCGUGGCCCCCCCGCUCCUGCCAGCCAUGGCCUCACCAGAGCUCUUCAUGGAGUCCCCCCAGCCAGCACUGGGGACAGGGGGCCCUGCAGCUCCUGGAAGAGCCUGUGUCCUCCCCAGCCUCCUGCUUGCCCCCUCGAUGGCCCUGGAAGACCCUCCUCCUGCUCAGGAGCCUCCAGCACAGCACAAACAGCCCCAGAGUUCCAGCAGGACAGGGAACUGCUGCAGAGAGUCCAGCGCAGCCACCAAGAUGCUGAAGGGAGUGGAGCAUCUCCCGUGUGAGGAAAGGCUGAGGGAGCUGGGGCUCUGGAGCUGGACAAGAGGAGACUGAGGGGGGACUCAUUCAUGGUCAUCAAUAUAUAAUAAAAGGUGAGUGUCAGGAGGAUGGAGACAGGCUCUUCUCGGUGACAACCAAUGAUAGGACAAGGGGUAAUGGGUUCAAACUGGAACACAAGAGGUUCCACUUAAAUUUGAGAAGAAACUUCUCUUCAGUGAGGGUGGCAGAGCCUGGCCCAGGCUGCCCAGGGGGUUGUGGAGUCUCCUUCUGUGCAGACAUUCCAACCCGCCUGGACACCUUCCUGUGUAACCUCAUCUGGGUGUUCCUGCUCCAUGGGGGGAUUGCACUGGGUGAGCUUUCCAGGGCCCUCCCAAUCCCUCACAUUCUGUGAUUCUAUGAUUUAUUUAACCAGCUCCUCCAAUGUGACGUUUGAUACAUAAUUUCCUUUGUAUACUGGUCAUGUAGAGACUCAAAUCCUGACAGGGAGAUUUAUCAGUUCAUGACGUUCACCCUCGCUGCUAACAGAAUUGUUUGUUUCUGCUUAGAGCAAUAUCUAAUGCCCAACAUUUUUAAUACCUGCCACCUUUUAAACAUCCCAGUCAUAGUAGUUGUGUUCAUGUGUGAAUCUUCCUGUUUUGAAAAGUGGUUGAUCUUGAUAACUACUUGUGUAGCUGUUAAUUUUGAAGAAAUUCUGUGACUGAGAAAACCAUUUCAGUUGGGCUGCUGCUGUCCACUUGGAGCGGGUGCACCGAGACACUGCUAACAGUAUGUAUUUAAACGUACUCACUGGUGAAUGAUGACAACGUGGAAAUGCAAGACAGCCAAGAAACAAAAUACCUGCGGGUUACAAACUGUAUUACAUGUUUGCACCGAAUGACUGACUGUGGGAAAGAAUGCAAUUAAACUUUUUUUUUUUUUAAAUAAUUUCUUCAUCCAUGUGAGGCACUUGUGGGAAAGUUUGCCAUGCUGUUGUUUGAAUGUUUCCGAGAGUAUAACAGACAAAAUGGGUAACAUGCAAAACAUCUUCAAAUCAAGAAGGCUCCAGGUUUAUUUCUUUGCUUGAACUCAGUAUUGAUUCAGAUGUAGCUUGGAAUUUCCAUUAAGUGUUCCUGGGGCUUAGACCCCACUCCUAGUAUCAUGACAUCUUAGACUGCUGUAAUUUUUAUGACAUUCAAAUAGCUAUAACCCUCAUUUAUUGAGAAACGCGUGGGGCUUUUUUUCGUGUACCAAGAUGCACAUUGUAUUUUCACUAAAGUCAUGAGCUGGUUUUGCUUUCGUGAUUACUGGGUGCCGGAUUUCCCUGCGAGGUAAAAACACAGCAGCAGUUCAUAGCUGUGGUGAAGAGACUGACAGCCCUUGCAGUAUCGUGUACUGCUAAGUGAGGUUUUCCCCUCAAGAUGCAAACAGCAGAUGCUAUUUAGAAAGGACAGAAUCUUGAAUGUGGUGUUUGCCUUUUUUUUAAAAAAAAAAAGUAUGAGUGAUUGCACAUCUGUUGGGUUUUUUUUUCUAGUUUGGGUACUUAUUAUAAAAAUAACCCUGUAUUCAUUAAUUUCUUUAUAAUAUCUUACUCAGAAUAGCCAGAUAAAAGGAAACUGAAGUAUAUCUUGCUGUGUCUCCCUUCUCUUUAUUUGUAGCUGAUGGCUAUGAUUACUGGGAGUUUAUAUAACUGGCUUUGCAAAAUUAUAUUUUACAAGCAUAUGAAGUUUCAGUCUUAAUCCCUGAACAAUUAUUUAGGUCAGUUUAAAUAUCUAUUGGUAUCUUUUUACAGGAAUUUAUGAUACUGAAUUCCUCUCAAAAGCAGAGUGCCAAUGGAAACAAUGUAUGAGAAGUUAUCUACUGACAAUAUGAUAAUGAAAUUGGCUUUUGUUAAAUGUGUUUAUAUUCUUGUUUUUGAACUCCACAGCACCAGGUGUUUACACUGGUAAGCAGAUACAGUACAUGUGAUAAUAUGAACAUAUAUGGGAUUUUAUCUGGUUGGUGAGAUUUGCAAAACUGUUAAAACUGUUCGUAAUUAAGUAUUACUUGCAAAUUGCAUGUAACAGUAGUCAAUGAAAGCAAACUCUUGUCAGUCUUUGAAACUGAACUUGAACAGCUGUGGUGACGUAGCCCUGACAUCACCUCUCAGGUGGUGUGAUAUUCCCUCAAAAUUAAUGGCAAAGAUCCUGUUCACUGCAGCGUUACAGACAAUGGCUUUAGGUACUGAUGCGUCUGAUCUUACUGAAGACUGAGUAAAACUGGAAUGAAAUUAUCUCCUACACAUUGUGAUCUUUGUGUAUUAUCUAAAAUUAACAAUAUUUUUUCCCUUAUUUUUGCAAUAGGUAUCUGUAAUUGUUUUCAAAGAGCAGCAUUUGUGUGAGAGCAUCAAAAGAAUUCUUUGUACGUGUAAUACAAAACAGUGCACGAUACUUAUCCUAUUCAUUAUAUGUUUAUCAGAAAAUACAGAGGUGACUUUUGAUAUGUGAUAUGUGCAGAAUCUAACCUUUACUAGAUUUUGUAUGUCUUUUAUGAGUAUGUUAUUUCAAAAUUAACAAUUGUUUAUUUUUUAGAUGUUUGCCAAGCAAUUAUUUUUCUUAUAGUGUUUAACAAAUUAGCACAUUGUUACAAAAUUAUUUUCUCACUGGUUUUGAAAAAUCCUCAAAAAAACCUACCAAAUUUUGAAAGUGCCGUUUUCUUGAGUGCUCAAGCCUUUUUAUCAAACCUUUGAAUAGUUUAUUGGAUUGUCCAACGAAUCAAUACAGUUCAAAGAACAAAAGCAAGUAGUUUACAUCUUGCAGGUAUUGCAAAAUGGUGCACUUUGGUUAGGAAAGUAUGUUUACAAAAGCCCCAUGACUGUACUUUUUAGUAAUAUUAUACAUCAAAGCAAUGGUUAUGUAAGGAUUAUGUUAAAAUAAUUGAGUUUAUCAUAUUAAUAGUGUGAAAAAGAUGAAAUAUAUUCUCCAAAAUUUUUAGUCAGUCUGAUGUUCCAUAUUAAAUGACAGUGUGUAAUUAUAUAUAUAUCUUGCUAGACAGAUAGAGGACUUAAAACGGAGACGUCAUGGUUAUUAACUUGGGUUAAUGCAGAACCAUAGUUAUCCCUGUCCAGCGUGUACUGGAAGGAAUGCAAGAUGCUGGAAUAUCAGUUCAGAAAAUGUGCUAAAGCUGUUGCUGUCUUUUUUGAUGCGAAUAAGUGGCACAUGCAAAAAGAACACUGAACUAGGAAAUCAAAGAAACAGCAGGUGUCUUUUUUUGGUCAUGAAUAUAUUACCUUCUAUUUUUAAUAGUAGAAGAGAAUAAAAAACCAAAACAGAUUAAUUUCCCUUCAGUGUACAGUGGGAACUGAUUUUACUUUGGCCGUGCUCACAUCUGAGUUUAUAUCAGGUAAGUAGUCAGUGUAACGUUGGCAUCAUCUAGGCACGUCACAAACAUACAGUAGGAUGUUGCAUAGUGGCUUUACAGGCCAAAGCCUGUGCAAACCAAGUGACUUGGUGUGAUCAGCUCAUCUGUGCUGCACACGCUUACGUGGCUGCAGGAGAACACGUUGCCGCUGUGCGGUGAAGUGUUUGCCGAGCUCCUGAUGUGUCUGUGGCGAGCUCCUCUCACCACGCCUAGUGAUUAUAGGUUUGGAUUUUAAUGUGAAACUUGGCUCUUUCACCUGAAACUUAAAUCAUUUUACAUCUAAUUGGACACGUGUCUUAAUAGAAUAUUCCUGUGCAAGAUACCAUUUGACCAUAGAUUCAUGAAUGUAUGUGAACUCAUGAAGAUUGCACUGUCCUCUGAAACUGUGAGCCCAGUAGGUUUAUGUUCCAUAUUCUACACCAAAAUAUUUUGAAGUGUUGGCACUGGCAAAUGAGAUUAAUAUCCUUUGUCAGGAGAGAAGAAAAGUCUUCAAUCUACACUUAAUAAAAGUUAAUAUAAUUUAAAAUUAAUGUGUUUCAUCAAAUUAACUUUUCAUAAAAAUAAGGUGAUUUUUUUCAUUUUUAUUGCUAUAGUUUUUUUAUAAUUUGGAAGAAGAGCCUGUUAAAAAAGAUUAAAGCAACAGUGAUUCAGGAGGACUAGUCAGAACAAUACUGGAAAAGGUGUUAUGACAUGAAAUUAAAACCUAAAGCUAGCCAAUGUCUUUAAAAGGAAUGAGAGGUUUUAUGCAUUCAUAGAAAAGCUAAUGAUUCUGCAUAAAUUUAAGAUUCUGUAGGGUUUUUCAACCUAAAAAAUCCCCCCACCUCUUCCUCGCUUUAAUUUGCUUAGAGGAAUUCUAUCCCAUGCUUUGUUUUACAUGAGAAAAAAACAACCAACCAAACCCAGAGCAAGGGAGUGUAAAGGUGUAUGAAUUCCAGAAACUUGGAAGACACAAUAAGAUUGCAUUAUCUUUCAAAAUGUCCUUUUGGAAGUGUUUGGGGGAAUUAAAACAUAUGUAGUUAUUAAAAAGAAAAUUGCUUACUCACUGAAUUAUGUACAAACACCAGCAAAAACAACAUAAAAUGAGAAAUCCAUUAUAGAUGUAAUAUUAGUGAAUGAUAAUUACGUAAUUUAUUUUUUCCCAGGAAGCAGCCAUUUCAAAUACUUUCAUACAUAUUCUCCAACAUUUUUAGUGAGUCUCAUGUUCCAUAUUAAAUGACAGUGUGUAAUUAUAUAUAUCUUGCUAGACAGAUAGAGGACUUAAAGCAGAGACAUCAUGGUUUUCCUUUGCAAAAGGAGAACUCAGGUUCUCAUCAUCACAUUUUCCUGAUUGUGAUAUAUUAUUGAAGGGAUUUAAAACAUUCCACUAAAAUACCUUAUUGCCCAUUUUAUGAUAAAAUAUUUAAUUUUUAUAAGUUUUCCACCAUAUUUCCCAUUAUUGUGUUUGUUACUGGAAAAAACCCCCACACCUCAUUUUUUCAUGUAAAGUAAUGUUUUUCUAAGGAAUGUGAACCUCUAUUUGAUUUUUUUCAGUUGCAGAGAGGAAAGCACAUUUGUGUUCUUUUUCUUUCUGUUUCCUCCUUGACAACCUCGAAGGGAAGUGCUCGGUUCGCUCUCCAAAGCAAACGUGAUGGAUGAUCUGCCACAGGAUACACAAUACGACAGGAAGCCAACUGAACAGCAAAAAAAGUGUCAAGAAUACAUUUGUCCAUUCUGGUAGAUGAAUUUGUGAAAGUUGGGGUUGCAGAGGUACAGCUGGCUCUGUGCUGCGUGAACGGCAAAACCCAUUUCCCCUAAGAGAAAGCUUAAAUCAGUAUUCAAAGCCAACUUUUGAAAUGAGCUGAACAAAGAGCACUGAUGAGCUGAUAACCACAGUGGUGCUUCUUGGCUUUAGAAAUAUGGAAAUCUUUACUCAGACUUCUUUUAGUAAAAACAAUAACGACCACCAAACAAACAAAAAACCAAACCAACCACACACGGGCGUUUUCUCAAGUGCUUUUAUCUUUCUGAGCAAUAAUCCUGAUGGCUGCUUGUCACCAGAUCAGAUUGUGCUUUGCAUUUAAUUGGUGCUUUCUGUCACAUCUUUAAUCUUAAUAAAAAUCUCAGCUAUUUUAAGGUUAAUGAAGUAAAACAAAAGGAAAUUUUAAUGAGGAUGAAUGAUGUUAUGUGCAUUAAAACAUUUAUAAAUUUGUUAAUUCUCCACAGAACAUUUUUAUUAACUUGGAAUAUACUGAAUAGCUUGUUGCUAAAGCUGAAUUCAAUUUCUUUUUCUUUUUAGUUUUUUACUGUUCAGCUCUUGAAUACUCACCCUACUGGUUUUAUUGAGAAAAACAGAUACUUUAUUAAAUGUUUAAAAAUAAGGACUUAGUGAAAAAUUUACUUGUCUAAAAAUGUGAAAUGUGAUACUUGAACUGUAAAUCUAUCCAAGUGUUUGCAACUACUUGUUUGCUGUUUCAAGUGCCGAAAAGAAGAAUGUCUUCACAGUGUCUCAGGAUCCAAGAAUGAUCUGUUCCUCACCAUGUCUAGUCUUGUCCUAAGAGCUGAGAUAGGUCAAACAGGUUCUCAAACUUCAGUUUUAUAAGCCAAAGACCAUUAUACUCCAACCGGCAAGGAAAGAAAACUCCAGCUGCAGCUGCUUCUCAAUGACCUGGGUAAGAACCAGCCCAAUUGACUCCAAAAUCACUGUAGUAGGAAUGGAUAUGUGGUUAAAUAUUUGUACUCGGUUCUGCCUGAUGUAACUGUUUUGCCAGAAGCACAAAGAACACAAAUUUGCCCUUACUGUGACUCACUAUUCACUAAUAUGUUUUAACAAAUAAGAAUUUCAGUACUUAGAGGUGUUGCUUUUAAGUUAUUGAGGGAAAAUGCCUCAAGUAUCAGUUAUGUAUCGCUGGACACCUUGAACUUUUGUAACUGCAAGAACAGAAUCAAAAAUGGAAGUGUGCUCUCAUGUGCUUGCUGUUAAAUGAUCUUGCUGAAAUGACUUGGGAAAGAUAUUUAUUAGAGUUAUUAAUGAUGUUUUAUGAUGUCCCCGAUGAGCCUGCCAUAAUAGUUUACUAACUUCCGCUAACAUAACCUUUUCUUUUGUUUUCAGAUGCUGGAUUUGGUGUCUCUUGGGUAGCUCACUAUCUUCACUGUGUUAAAAACACAGUAAUUGAUUCUCACUUUAGCAUUUUUAGCUCUCUACAAGUUAAUCAUUACACUGUUUAAAUAAAAAUACUCAAUACUAAGGGUUACUCACAAACCUAGUAUAUUUUAUUAACCAAAACACCAUGGGAAGAGAAAUAAAUUACAAAAAAUGAAAUGGCUAUGGUAAUCGUUUUAAUAAAUUAACUAAGACAAAAUAUUAAAUAUUUGUAAGAAAUCAACUCCAAAAUAGCAAAAUAUUUUACUUUAAACUUUAACGUAGAAAGAUAAACCUAAUUCCAUUCUGUAUGUAUCCUUCUAAGAAUCAGUAUUUUGUGUAUGUUACUAUUAACUCAAGUCCCUGUUAAAUUACAGAUCAGUUGGAAAGUUCUGGAAGGUAAAUGAACAUAGAAUCGAACAUUUCAGCCAGAAUUUGAACAAAUUUCAUUAUUUUGCUUACAUUAGAAAUCAAGAUACCAGUAUCACGGUGAGUCAGAUGUGGUGAACAAAGCACGGAAAGCAACAGAGACUUUUUGUAAGAGCGAGCACAUUGACCAAACCCAGCGAUCACGUGCUCACCACUCUGUUCACAGGAAAACAAUCAUGAAUUUUUAUGAUGCUUGCUUAGUAUAUAGCCUGGGGAAAACUGUAUCAAGCAGUGACCUUAGUGUUUGAAUCUCCAAAAAGGUAUGAAAAAUCACAACAUAAAGUAUUUUUGCAUCAUGACGUUAUCAUGGAAAAAGUGCUUAGCGAUUUGCAGCAUUGCACUGCAGUCAAGUAAUAAACCUCCCACAAAACAUUAUGUUUAUUAUCAUAUAUUAUUUUAAUGAGGCUUGAGCCUCAACGUGCUCUGAGAUAAAUUAACUCCUGAUUCCCAGUGCCACUGUAACCUCUGAACAAAUCCAACAUAAAGUAAUGGAAAAAAAAAAGUCAUGUUUCUGUCUGAAGGUGUUUUAUCCAGCAAUAUAAGUAACAUGAACGUCAUGAAUCUUUUCCUUUGCUUGUUUGCAUGUGACAAUGCUUCAUACAAUUGUUUUAAUGUGUUUGCAAUGUUUUUAAUGUGUGUGCAGGUUUACAAUCUUUCCCAUGCAGACAGUCCAACAGGAAAGCGUGGUAGUAAAACUGUGUGGUGAGUGGCACGUGCUGGCACAGCACUGAAAAAUAUUUUAAAUACAAACCUUAGAAAAAGCUUAAAAGAAUUGUCUUUUUACUUAAGUUAUCUUGAGUAAAAACUCCACUCAUGUAGACAGUAUUCAGGAUCUUUCUGAAGAUUUUAGUCGGCUGCUCUGUACAAUGGUUAAAAGUGACCUAAAGCUGUCACCUUGUUCUGAGAAGCUGACCCUGGGUGAGAACACCACAGACUCGAGCUGUGACCUCCCUACUGUCCCUUUCCCCUUCGAAAUGACCCUGAAGGAGACAGCUGCUGUUGGCUCUGUUUUCCUCACUCCUACUCCAUGUACAGGACCACACUAGUCAAGGAAACAAUCUCUGGAGAAUUUUCUUUGGGGUGUUAAGAAGACAUUAAAAGAUUUUUUUAAUUAAAUUAAGCCACCUUCACUGCAAGUGAAGGAAUACAGGGCAAAUUUUCUUUCUGAGGAAGGCAAGACUGAAAAGACUGAACUCCCUGGGGAGAGUUAUGACACAGGGUAAUAAAAUUCUGGAUACAUCUAAAAAAUUAUCUGCCUUGAAGUACAACAACUGAAAAUCAACUUAUUUUACUCUUACCCAGAAUAAAACCAAACCACUUGGAAAGAAAAUUCUUGAGAACAAAAAUGACGUCUCUAAUGAGCAGCACAGGUUUUCCAGUUGUCCAUGUCUGAACUUUCCCCAGCCAAAGGCUAAUUGGCAUCUUACCAGACUCCCUGAAGACACACCAAAUGAGCAGCAGCUCAGAACAGACUGCGCCCGCCCUCCUCCAGACCACGGGUGCUGUGAUGUUGUGCUCCCUCUUACUCUGAGCAGCUGACGUUUGGAUUGAGACGCUGCACACGCUGCUGGGAUUUGCCAUGUCUGUAUCCGCAUGCCGUCCUCCUCAGCACCAUGGAAAAGCAGGCGCUGCUCAGUUACACUGCUCUUGCCCUCUGCCCAGCCAUGUCAGUGCAACGUGCUUCUCUGCGCUUCUUGGGUCAGCCCCAGCAGUCUGAAUCUCUCUGCUGGAGGAGUGGCAAAGUAGGUUUUUUGCUCCUCUGAAUACUUUUCCUUCACUUCAAUUAUGUCCCUGUAGCGGCCGUCCCGCCAGUGGAAAUUGAACUGCUCCAGCAACUCAAUUCUUUUUUCCUCUGUGUUCACACAGUCAACGGGGGCAGACUGUUCCAGGAAUGGUACCUGAAUAUCUGGGAACAGGAGCAGACCCCGGAUAGCAAACCAGCCGCCAUACUUGGGAUGGAUACAUACACCGUAGAUCUUCUGGAAGGAAAACAGAAGGAUGCAGGAUGUCUCAUUUUGUCUCUAGUAAUGGUCAGAGUUCAAAGCACCAGGCUUUGAUCCAACUGCUCACGCACCUAGCCCUCUGUUGGAGUGCUCUACAGAGAACCAAGGAAAGCUCUUUCCUGGACACAUGGCUCGAAGCAUUGCAUCUCAUUCCCAUUUUCCUGUGCCCCCCGCAUGACCCUGUAAAAUGGGGAGAGGUCCCUUUUUGAAAAUCUAACACACAAAUUAACAACGGUGCAUUUUUCCCUGUAUUUAUAAUGCUCCAAGCAACAUGUUGUCUUUUACACUGAAGUUUAUUCUGUCUGAGUAGGUUUAACAGAUCAGGAUAUUCUUCUCUGUGUAUGCAUCUCCCUACCACCCCAAAGAAUCUUGGAAGCUUCUGACUCCUGUGUGAAACUUGUUAUGCAUAUAUACGUGGUCUGGACUUUAUGUAUUUUCCUGCAAGAAGAACUAGUGAGUAAAUAACAGCUGUACAACUUAGUGAUGGCAGUUUGGUGGUUCUUCCCAGAUGUCUCACCUUUUUCCCCCAAGGAUCAAGCUUCACAUCUUUCCUUUGGUAGUAAUACGCAGCUCCAGCAACAUGGGCAGCUGUCUGCGCCAAGAACUUGGGCUUUCGGCUUGGCAAGAUCUCGUAAUCAUAGAUUAUGUCUAUGCUCUGGUCAGGGAAUUUCUGGGAAAAUGAAAAAAUAUCAGCCCAGGCUCAUGGAAGAAGAUUUGCAAGUAGAGACAUGCUGGAUGCCAGCACAUCGGGCACACGGGAAACCUGCAGAUUUCCACAUCCUGCUACUGCAAUCUAUCAGCGCACUUGUGGCCUUGGGUUUUCAAACUAUGACUGAAUGGCUACAGGUUGCAAUGGCAAAAAGACAGAAUAUGCAAGUAAAGCAAGUCAACAGCUUGUUAAUGCUCUUAGUAAGAAUUACACAUCAUGAAUAAUGCCUUACUCUUUUAAAGAGCAAGGGCAGGAACCUGGAAGGCUUUGUCUGUUGCUCAACCCGCCUGGUUAUAUACGCCAAUAGUAAAAAGAAUUUCAGGUUCUUACCUCCUUCAUGCGUGAUAAAUGAUGAGAAACACACUGAUCCACAGGAUCCCUGAUUAUUUCCAACCAUUCUUUGUUCACAAAAGGUUUAAGGGCUUUGUCAAACAUUGAAGGCGUGCUGAGGACCACAAAGGCCAGUGUGUCAUCUGGGUAGGGGAGGUGAAAGGCUGGCUGGAGAACAGCAUUGUACCAUCCCACCUGUGGAAAGAACAACAAAUCUGCAUUAAAACAGGGACACCACUCUUGCCAGUGGGCAUGCAGGAAUUUUAAAAAGUGGAAAGAAGCGUAGCCACCUUCAUUUGCAACCCAGAGAUGCCACCUGCCUAGUGCCCUCCAUUCAAACCGGGUUGUUUUGCAUACUGGGAUUUACAGUUUCUGGAAGCUGCACUGUGAGCUGCAUGUGAGAGAUAAGAAUCAGCUACUGCAUUCAGCUCUGCCUAGAACCCCGGAGGGAAGUAUGAGCAACCAGCCUUGCCAAUGCAAAUCCCAUGUUUUGGUUCAGAUAAAACUUUUACAGGUUGUUUUCUGAGCGUGGGCCAGAAAAAACCUGGUACUUGUGUUUUCCUUAUGUGACAAAUUGCAUGGUUUGUUUCUUUAGCAGGAAACAUUUGAGUGUGAAAAUGAUGUGAAGCUCCCAGCGGUGCUAGAAUCCCCGUGUCAACUCUAACACAUGGAUUGUGACACAGCAACAUUCUAGUAUUUGUUUUUGGGGCUGGAUGUGUUAUAACACAGACCAGAAAUGAAGGAUCAUGGCCGGGCAGCAGAAAGACACAACCAGGGGACAGGGCUCUGACCCACACUGCCAGGCAGGAGGAGAUUGAUUUACUGCAGAUUGCCUCUGGAGUGGCAAAGAAGGAGCCCCUAAGUUUUGGUGGAAAUGGAGUGUGGACAGUUCAACGGAGGGGACGGGGCUGACUUAGCUGCAAGGGCCAGAGCCCUUCAGUGGGCAGAAUGAGCCGCGUGUUCAGGCCACUUACAAACCAGCGACGCAGCCUGCACUUCAAUAUGCACGUGUUUCUAGAUUUAGAUUAAAAUUUAAGCUUGCUUAGAGGACUUUA